UCAACAGCAUCGUCGUCUAUUCGUUCGUCCGUUUCAUUUCGUUUGCCUGUUCAAAAGGCAGCCAUCGAAAGUUUUCGCAAUAAAUUUGUUCCAAUUUAGAGUAAAACUUUAACUAAUUGUGCUGAUCUUGUUGAAUAUUUCCUCGGAAAACAUAUUUUGUGUAAAAUACAGUGCUCUUCCGGUGGUCCAGUUAUCCCUUUGGUGUAGUUGAUGCAGCUGUAUUGAUCCGGGUAGUUCUACAGGAGGCGUAUUUUUCAGCUCAGUGUGAAUUCCGUCUGUGGGCUUAGUGGUUUGGAAAAAAAGCAAAAAAGUUGUCUGUUCGACAUUUUGGUCCAGUGUGUUGUAUCUUUUAGAGAAAAGUGUACCAGAGAACACUUCAGCUUUUAAAUGUCAGAACCUCAGUCUUCACUUCUGCUGAAAAAACAGUUGGCAGAGCUGAGCAAGAACCCCGUAGAAGGAUUUUCGGCUGGUCUGAUCGACGACAAUGAUAUCUUCAGAUGGGAAGUACUUAUUAUUGGACCUCCGGAUACGCUCUAUGAGGGUGGUUUCUUCAAGGCACACCUGCACUUUCCGAAGGAGUACCCGCUGCGGCCUCCUCGCAUGAAAUUUGUCACAGAAAUCUGGCAUCCGAAUAUCGACCGCAACGGAGAUGUAUGCAUCAGCAUUCUGCAUGAACCGGGCGAUGACAAAUGGGGCUACGAGAAGGCAUCUGAGCGUUGGCUGCCGGUGCAUACCGUGGAAACUAUCCUGAUAUCGGUGAUCUCUAUGCUGGCCGAUCCAAACGACGAAUCACCGGCGAACGUGGAUGCCGCCAAGGAAUGGCGGGAAGCGUAUCCAGAGUUCAAACGAAAAGUGGCACGAUGUGUACGGAAGAGUCAAGAGGAUUGUUAGUAGGAUUUUUUAAUAAUCUUAUAUUUAUUAAAUAAUUAAUUAUUACUAUAAUAAUGAAAAGGAAAAGAUUAUGAUUGUGAAGAAAAUUUUGAUGUGGAAAAUGGAUGAUAAUAACGAAGCUGAUAAUUGGUUUUCCCUCUUUCCCGAACAAUGAAAGUAGUAUGGUUGUAUGCAAAAGCCAGGCAAAUAGACAAGGCUGCGAAAAUUGUUCGUGUUGCAAAUCAAAGUUUCAUUUUUUAAAUUGUGUAUUCAAAUUGACAAUUUUGAGCAUACAUUGUGUUUUCAUAUUUUAUACCGAACUUACGAGGAUCAUGCGAAUCAAUUGUAUACAACCUUAUUAGCGAAAAUUUUUAUUUGUAAUUCUGAACGAUAGCCUCAGUUCAAUUUGUGUCACCUGCAAAUAAAUGUAAAUGAGAAAACCUUCUGUUUCUUUCUUAGAGGCAGCUACAUCCAUACCGCAUAACGAGUUUUGCAAAUCAAUUAAUGAACAACUUGAAUUAUGCAAACUAACUGCUUCUCGAAAUGUUCGUAUUUCUGAUAUCGAAGGAAUGUACCCAGCAGGUGAUGUGAGCAUUGCAAUGGAUUAUAGCAUGGAUACUAUCAAUGGGAAGGAAAGAUGACAGUCGAAUUAAUACAGAACAGAAAGGUUCAAGUGAUCGUCGAAAAGCUUCACUCAGGAAAUAAACAACUCUCGAUUCUCCUGCUAAAAACUAAAUUAUGUGCUUUUAAGUUGUAUAAUGCAGGUCUUUUGAUGAAGACGCACAGGCAAACUAGGAAAAGAAUAACUCAGCCAAAUUAAUGCGGAACCAUAAUGCGACUGCUCCCUUGUAUUCACAGCUUUCCAUAUCGCAGAGACAGUAUACAGUUGAGAUUGAAACUAACCAUAAGUUAAAUAAUUUGCUCUAAAUAAAAUUUGAAUUUCCUUACUUUGUGUUCUUCGAGUACAAGUACACUACAAUUCGCUUUUAAAUUACAGUAAAAUUUGCAACUUUUGUGUGAUAGUUCUGUUUCCUAUCGUGAUGAAAAUCUUUGUUCAGAUUACGAAUAACCACUGAACAUUUGAGCUUGUAAAUAAUGAAGUUUCCGCUAACUAAAACGCAAGUAAAGUGUAACCAAACCAAACUGAUUUAGUAAAAACUUCCGUCGCAAAUAUUAUUUUGUGUCUAUGAUUUAAAAUAAUUCUGCUGAAAUUUCAAAAUAGCUUUUUUGUACAAUCCACCAACCGCUUAAGUAUGUCAUUUUUAAAGGCAUGGCACUUAUUUUCCUCGUUUAACAAAAUACAAGCAAAUACCGUUAAGUUCAACUGUAUAAAUAAAAUAUGACGAUUCAAACACUUAUAUUUUACUCUAUAUAAUAAGGAAUUUCCAUAUGUCUCCUAGUUUGGCCUGGUUCAAUGCAUUCAACGGAGUUUUCAAACGUUGUAUGUUUUCAAUUUUCACUCGCUAAAACGCCGCAGAGCCAUGUAAUCCUAUUACAAGAUAAAUAAAUCACUAUAUUGGCAGGUGAGGACUUACUUUAAGUAAUGCAAACAACGCUGCUGAAUAUCUAAAGACUUGACGGACCGGAUGAUUGAGAUGAACAAUCAAGGUGUAAUAAUAGAAACAGUUUAUUGCGAUAGAAGCGUAAAGUAAAGCAAAAACACAUACACACAUAGCAUACGUAUGAACAGUAAGGAAUAAACAAAAGC